AUGGCGAGGGGCGCGACCGAGACCUCGGCGCUGCUCGGGCGACCGAGCAGUGCGCGGGGGACCGGGCUCGCGGUUUCAUCGUCGGCGGCGUUCGACGACGCGCCGGGGGACGUCGAGGGGGGCUUCGCUCCGGACGCGCGACCUUCCCAACAUCCGCAACAUCUUCGGACGAAGGGUCGCGGCCUUCUCGCGCGGGCCGUGGCGGGCGCGGCGCUGGUGGUGGCGUGCGUCGCGCUCGCGGGGUUCGGAGCAUCGCGGUACACCGUGUGGAGACUGGGCGACGAGCCGGUCGCGGGCCUCGCCGCGUCCGCCGCGACGGCGCCGCAGACCAAGCCCCGGCUGCUCGUCGCGGUCAUCUCCUGGCAGGGCGGGUUCGACGACACGGACGCGCAGGAGCGGACGUGGCUGCCGCUGCUGAAGGAUUCCUCGCCGGACAUAGAGGUUGACUACCGAGUGUUCAUCGGUAGGGAUCCCGAGCCGACGGGCGAGGGCGAGGAGACGGAGAUACCCGCGGAGGCGUACAGGAGGCGGCGGAUGCUGCGCUUCGAAGGCGAGCAGACGCGGCGCGGUCCCAGGGUUGAGAACAAGGCUGAGAUCUCGCCAUCCGCCGGCGCGGGGGGCGUGGCCGGGGUCGGGGGCGGCGCGGGGGGCGGCGGGGCGGUCGCGGCGACGACGUCGAACGUCGACGGCGCGGGGGCCACCUCGUUCGAGUUCGAUUUCCAGCCCAUGGACGAUCCGUUCGCCCAGGCGGACGACAACCCGCGCCGGGCUUCGCAGCUCCUGGAAAACUACGCGAGCGACGAGACUGUCAUCUACAAGGAACAGCAGACGGCAAACGACACCCCGCUAACCCGGACGGGACUGACCCCGGCGGACCACGUGGUUAAGCUCGACGUGGAUGACACCUACGAGGGUCUGCCUUCGAAGGUGGUCGCCGCGAUCCUGUGGGGCACCGCGAACGAUUACGACUACUUCUUCAAAGUCGACAGCGACGUGUUCAUGAUGCCGACAAAGUUCAUGGCGUUUCUCAAGCGCAACGCCAUCGACAAGGGCGUGGACUGGAUGGGCAGCGAGAACAAGAUGCGGGAGACGGACGAGAACCCGAGCGGGUGGAAGUGCUCACUGUCUAGGGUGUGGCAUUUCGGUAAGUGCAGCAGGCCGGAGCUGAACUCGAUGCCGUACGAGGGGGUGAACCCGAUUUCCGUGGACGGCGGCCACGGGUACUUUCUCAGCAAGCGCGCCAUGCGCGGCGUCACCGAGUACGUCGACGCGAUGUACGACCUGAUGGAGAAGAAUAAGUACGUGAACAUCUACGAAGACCAGAUGGUGAGCCACAUUCUGAUCAACCAGGGGUUUCUGCCCGUCGAUUUCACCGGCGUAGACGUGUUCAACGUCCCCGGGAUCACGCAGCUCGCGGCUCAAAACUCGUGCACGCUCAUGACGGGCCCGAUCGGCCCGGCGGUUGGCGAGAACCUGAACAAGAUGGCCAACCUGCGCAUGUCGACCGGGAUCAACAUGUACGAGACGAUAUUCGGGUUCACGCCCAUGAGCAUCGACGAGCGCAUGCUACCCAGGUCGCUUCUCGAGGUUGGCAUCCAGCCGUACGUCACGCGGGAGGAUAUGCUCCUCAAGUUUGGGUACUGGCAGCGGCGGAUGGAGAACGAGGCGGACUCCAUGCGCAACGAGGCGGAGGAACUCGGGGUGAAGCUUCCCGCGGACGAUGCGGAAGAUACGACUACAUACGAGACGAAGGGAGAAGGGGGCACCGAACCGGUUUCGGAGGCACCCGCGGCGGAGACGAAGGUCUAA